AUGGCACAAUCCCCGAUAACCGGGAACGAUAUUAGAUUAAAGUCUCGGUUUCAAUCACAUACACAUCACUCAAUCGAAGUCAAAGUCGAAUUGGACAAGAAUAUACUAGGUGGACACGGUAUCAGAUCGGAAUUACCAUAUCUGUUGAACUCUAAUAAAUCACAUCUCAAAUCACCUCAAUUCCCAUAUAUAAACUACAUACUUGUUCGAGCUUGGAUCUUGGGGAAGCACAGAGAAAGAUAA